GCCAAAGAGCCCUUCUAAAUAGGCCAGCUCCGAAGCGAACUCGACGACUCGUCCACCUCCUCCCGCAUCCCCGCCGCCGCCGCCUUCCACCCCACCUCCACCUCCCCGGAUCCCGCCACACCGCCGGGAUGGAGGACGAUGACGAGUUCGGCGACCUCUACACCGACAUCCUCAUUCCCACGCAGACCCCCGCCUCCACCUCCGCACCAUCCAUCCCUGCUCCCGUCGAAACCCUACCCCGCCCGCAUCCAAACCCUAAUCCUACCCCCGCGGCGGCGGCGGCGGCGCCGGUGGAAGACGACGAUGACUGGCUCCUAGGAGGGAGCGACCCCAUACCCGGGGUCGACCCGACCGGUGACUGGGCCGACGAGGACGACGAUGGAGGCGCGCCCGCGCCGCCCGGGAAGCAUGAAGCUGCUGCCCUUCCGAAGCCGCCCCCCGCCGCGGAUGACCUCGAUCCGCUCAUGGGUGGCGGUGUGGGCGACUCCGGGCCGGCCAUCCCCGGGCUCUCGUCAUCGGCGGCAGCUGGUGCGGCCGGCAGCGAGGAUUGGGACAGCGAUAGCGAGGAGGACGACAUCCAGAUCGUGCUCAACGAGACUGACGGUCGCCGGGGGCUCGGGGAGGACGAAGGCGAUGAUGAGGACGGCGAGGACCUCGUCAUCGUCGCCGAUGGACCACACAUCCCCGGGAUGGAGGAGCAGGAUUGGGGAGAGGACCCAGCAGCGGCAGGGACGGAGGGGGAGCGGAAAGAUGGUGGCGAGCCUGGUAAGGCGGUGGCAGCCCCCGGCGGGAGGAUCGGGUACAGUGGCGGCGGCCCAGGGUUCCAUCCGCAGCACCAUUCCAUGUUCAAGUAUGUACGCCCCGGCGCUCCUGGAGCUUCAAUAGGUGGGGCUCCUGGUGGUGCUGGCCAGUUCCGUCCUCCUGGGCCUUCAGGCCCUUUCUCUGGUCGUGGAAGAGGUGAUUGGAGGCCUGCUGGUGGUCGGGGCAUGAAUAAAAACUUCCAUUCAGGAUAUGGAAUUUCUCCAUGGGGUGGUUCAGGGCGUGGUUUUGGUGGUGGACUAGAUUUCACACUUCCUCCUCACAAGACAAUAUUUGAUAUUGACGUGGAUACUGCAUUUGAGGAGAAGCCAUGGAAGUACCCUGGUGCAGAUAUUUCAGACUUUUUUAACUUUGGCCUUGAUGAAGAGAAGUGGAAAGACUUUUGUAAGCAGCUGGACCAAUUGCGAAUAGAGUCCACAAUGCAAUCUAGAAUACGGGUGUACGAAAGUGGCCGCUCAGAACAGGAUUAUGAUCCAGAUUUGCCACCAGAGCUAGCUGCGGCUACUGGUCAUCCAGACAUAUCUGUUGAUAAUCGCAAUAAAACGGAUAAUGGGCAUACGGAUUUCAGUGCUCAAGGAAGGGGUCCUGCAAACAUUCGGACUCCAGUGAUGACAGGGAGACCUAUACAAGUUGAAAUGCUUUACUCAGAUCGGAUUCCAUCUGCUGAUUCACGCCCACAUCGAAUGCGUGAUUCAGAUUCUGUUAUUGAGAUUGUGUGCCAGGGCCGUGAUUCAGUGGAUGAUGAUACAGUGGACCAAAAUGAGAAGAAUUCUCAAGAAAGUAAUAAAGGAGCCCAUGAUGUUGAGGAGGACAAGCCCUAUCCAUCAAAUAUGACCAAUAAUUCCGGACAUAACUCAAAUUUGGGGAUAAAGACAGAACAUAAGAGGCAGUUACCAGUUUCAUCUGAAAGUGAUAUGUUGUCCACGGAUGUCAAUGCUCCGUCUCCCAGCUCCAAAACAAGAGGUUCUCCUCGUGGAGCUAGGUCAUUGAAAGGAAGGUCCUUGGGUCAGAAAUCUAUCCAAGAAAUUGAAAGCUCCAAUGAAGUAAUACCUCGUCAAUCAUCCUCAAAGAGAUGCCAUGAUUCACGGAGAGAGAACCCUAUUGAGGACCCAGAAACUAAGGGUGACUCAGAAGGGUCACUUGUUGCUGCUGCUGAUGUGGCAGAUAAGCUGAGUACAGAAGAUCACCUUGAUGAUGAUGAUGAUGAUGAUGAUGAUGAUGAUAGGCUCGCAUUGGUUGAUAGUGUUGAAGGGGAUGGUGAUGAUGCUACCUCAGACCCACCUAGUGAUACAAAUGAGGAUGAUAACUUGGGUCACUCUGGUAAAAAGCAGAAACCUGUAUCUAUGGUUGAGCAACCAGCUGGACACAAUUACAGUGAACCUGAUGAAUUGAGGACUAGUGAAAAUAGUAAAGGGAGGUCUGGUAGCAGCAAAGAUCAGCAGAAACGCCUUGAAUCUGGUGAAGAAGUUCUUCAGGAUAGGCACUCAAGGAAAGUAAAUGAUGUAAGAAGGCAUCAUGAUGUGGAAGAACGCAACCUCCACCGAAAAGGUGAGUUUUCUCGAGAUGGCAAACCAGAUGUAGAAAGGUCACAUUUGCCUCCCAGAGGCAGGGAAGAUAUCCACCAGUCUUAUGCAAACAGAGAUCGGGUUGACAUACGGAGUAGAAGUUAUGAUAGGGUAAGAGAGACAGAAAUUUGGCCUAGGAGAGAAGAUACUGUUCACAGCAGACGAGGUAAAGAGGAAGAUUUGAGGCUGGAGUACAAUGCUGAAGUUGGUGCAAGGCAUAGAAAUAAGGUGAGGCCCACUGAUAGGAAUGAUAGAGAUGAAGAUCUUCAUUCACGUAAGCGUUUGGAUGAUAGUGACUGGAGGGGCUCUCGACAAAGAGAGCGUGGUGAUAUAGUUUUGAAUCGCCGUGAUAGUUUGGACGAUUCUCAUAUCAAGAGAAAUAAGGACGAUGAGAACUUGAGGAGAAUGAAGCCUGAAAAUGAAGACGUGCAUGGUUGUAGAGCAAGGGAUGAUAAUAACAGAAGAAAAAGAGAGAGGGAUGACGGAGUUGAUCACAAAAGAAGAGAUGAUAGUGGUAGAAUGCGUGAGAAGGCUGAUGAUCGUCAUCAUGCCAAACACAAAGAUGACAGUUGGCGACAGAGAGAGAGGGAGGACAGACAGAGACCCAAACAUGAAAAUGCAUCAACCCUUCAGAGGGAAGAAGGAAGAGGAACUGGUCGGGGUAGUCGGGUUAUGGAUGAUAAGUUAGUCAGUGGUGGUAGGAAGAAGGAUGAACUGAGAUCUUCGGUAUUAAGCAAAGAAACACAAGAGCGUACCAGGCAAAAUGAACCUUCAAGGAGAGGUCAGGGUGCGGAAGAAAAUAGCAUGCAGAAUAAAGGGCGUUCUGAUGGACAUCCACGUGAUGACAACUCAAACAGUGAGAGGAACUCCAGGCAAGAAAAACAAAACAAUAAUCGUCUACCUGGUAGUUCUGAUGCUCGCCACGUGGGUAGAGAUAGGCAUAGGGAGAGUGCAAGAAAGGGCAGAAGUUCAGAGCCUGGUGAGCACGAUCUCCACAGAUCGAGCAAAAGGAGACGUGAAGACCAUGAAAGCCAUCGCACCGGGAAGGUUGAAGCAAAAGAGGCGAAUGAGCAAGAGAACAGUAGAGGUCAUGCGGCCGCAUCCAAGAAAAGUCAGAAUCCUCAACCAGAUAAUUCAUUGGUGAAUCAAGUGGAAGAAGAGGCCAUAUCAGAUGAUGAAAAUAAUGAGGAUUCUAGAAGGGGUCGCUCUAAGUUGGAGCGAUGGACGAGCCACAAGGAGAUAGAAUAUAGUAAUAUAGAUGAUGAUAGUACACAGACAUUUUCAGACAUCAAAGCUGAUGUUCAAGCCCCUACUACCGAUGAGUUAGGUAAAUCUGAAGUUUCUGCUGCAGUUGGUAAUUCAGAUAUCAAGAGCAGUGUUGAUACUGGGCAGACAUCUGAUAAGAUAACUGAAGGGCGUGACCGGCAUCUAGACACAGUUGAGAGGCUCAAGAGACGAAGUGAGCGUUUCAAACUUCCCAUGCCUGGCGAGAAGGAUGCACCGCAAAGCAAAAAGGUGGAUAAUGAAGUGCAGCUUCCCCAAAAUGAAUCUGCUGCUGCUGAUAUGGAAGUGAAGCCAGAGCGGCCAGCACGCAAGAGGAGAUGGACUUCUGGAAGUUAGUUGAACUGGAAGGACAUGUCCACUUGAAGAAAUUUCAGAUUUCAUGGCAGAUGCUCGCACUUGGCCAUGUUUUUUCUCUUAAAAUUGAAAGUUGAAUUGAUGUAUGGUUUCACUGUUUAACUUGUACCUGUACGUGUAAACUUACAUAGUUGUUUUGUGACUGGGAACUGGAUACUGUACUUAACACCAUCCAUUUCCCGCUAUAAUUCCGGUGACCUCAAUGUGUGGCACUGGUGCCACUGUACUCUGGAUAGUUCCUGAGGCUGUCAUGAGCAGCAGCUGCCUCAGGAGUUUCCCAGUUGAAUGCCUGGAUCCGGCAUGAGCUACAUUUUGAAGCUGGAGGCCACUUCUCCGGAUAGUGCAGAUGCCAGGUGGCUUGGAAGCACUGGAUUUUGUAACAAUCUUGUAUUGCUGCAAGUUACAAGCUGUGGACCUGUGGUGGUUGGAUGUUUCCUAUGUGAUAUGGCUGCAGAAGCAAUAGGUUUUAGAGAUAAAGAGCUAGAGAUUUCAGAACUGAUAUAGCCACUAAUUUGUAUGCUUAAUAUCUCACUAACCAUGUACAUUCUUAUAAACAUAUACAACUGGCGUGCAUGGGUUAUUGUGUGCACCAAGGGAGUUUGUAGUGUAGUCCUGCAUGGUGCACUGAAUAUUUUGGUCAGAGCAAUAAUAUAUAUACAUGUAGGCAGAAGCAUAGGAUUGUUUACUUGUAGAAUGUAGAUUAGCGAUGGAUGUAAUUGGUUCGUUGUGGAAUUUUGCUAAUCAUACAGAGUUCAGAAUCGCACGAUCUAACCUGAU